AUGUCCAGGCUGAUGGAGGUAAGUCGAAAAAUUGAUCAUUUGUUAUUGGUUAGUAGUGUUUGUCUAGUGAAGAUCUAUUUUUCUUGUUAUCUUCAAUCUCCAGUUGUAAGAUUUCAGGUUUGAAGUGUUUUUCUAAAAUGUUGGUGGAGAGAUGGUGGUCACGUCAGACACUGUAUCAAGGGGUUCUGAUUUGAGCCCCCACUGUUCCAUCACUUGAUUUCCUUUGACAAGAAAAAUAUAUUUUUAGAUUACCUACACCCCCCCCCCCUCCCCCCCCAACACACACACACACAUGCACAGGUCUUUAAUUUUGUGCUAAAAUGGCAACAUACUGGUGGGCAAUGCUGUGAUGGACUAGCAUUCCAUGCAGGGAGGGGCGGUAGGGUGGUGGGUGGAGUUGUAAUAUUCACUCCAUGGUGCUUCCAACCAAGAUAAGCUCUCACUGUGCAGGCCCUCUCGCUUGUUUUCAGUACCUCUCCCAUCCAUGGGGGGAGGGGGGGAGUUGUAAUAUUCACCCCAUGGUGCUUCGUGGUUCUUCCAACCAAGAUAAGCUCUCACUGUGCAGGCCCUCUCGCUUGUUUUAAGUACCUCUCCCAUCCAUGGGGGGAGGGGGGAGAGUUGUAAUAUUCACUCCAUGGUGCUUCAUGGUGCUUCCAACCAAGAUAAGCUCUCACUGUGCAGGCCCUCUGGCUUGUUUUCAGUACCUCUUCCAUCCAUGGGGGGAGGGGGUGGAGUUGUAAUAUUCACUCCAUGGUGCUUCAUGGUGCUUCUAACCAAGAAAAGCUCUCACUGUGCAGGCCCUCAGGCUUGUUUUCAGUACCUCUUCCAUCCAUGGGGGGAGGGGGUGGAGUUGUAAUGUUCACCCCAUAGUGCUUCCAGCCAAGAUAAGCUCUCACUGUGCAGGCCCUCUGGCUUGUUUUCAGUACCUCUUCCAUCCAUGGGGGGAGGGGGUGGAGUUGUAAUGUUCACUCCAUGGUGCUUCAUGGUGCUUCCAACCAAGAUAAGUUCUCACUGUGCAGGCCCUCUCGCUUGUUUUAAGUACCUCUCCCAUCCAUGGGGGGAGGGGGGGGAGAGUUGUAAUAUUCACUCCAUGGUGCUUCAUGGUGCUUCCAACCAAGAUAAGCUCUCACUGUGCAGGCCCUCUGGCUUGUUUUCAGUACCUCUUCCAUCCAUGGGGGGAGGGGGUGGAGUUGUAAUAUUCACUCCAUGGUGCUUCAUGGUGCUUCUAACCAAGAAAAGCUCUCACUGUGCAGGCCCUCUGGCUUGUUUUCAGUACCUCUUCCAUCCAUGGGGGGAGGGGGUGGAGUGGUAAUGUUCACCCCAUAGUGCUUCCAGCCAAGAUAAGCUCUCACUGUGCAGGCCCUCUGGCUUGUUUUCAGUACCUCUUCCAUCCAUGGGGGGAGGGGGUGGAGUUGUAAUGUUCACUCCAUGGUGCUUCAUGGUGCUUCCAACCAAGAUAAGUUCUCACUGUGCAGGCCCUCUGGCUUGUUUUAAGUACCUCUCCCAUCCAUGGGGGGAGGGGGUGGAGUUGUAAUAUUCACUCCAUGGUGCUUCAUGGUGCUUCCAACCAAGAUACGCUCUCACUGUGUAGGCCCUCAGGCUUGUUUUCAGUACCUCUCCCAUCCAUGGGAGGAAGGGAUAGAGUUGUAAUAUUCACCCCAUGGUGCUUCAUGGUGCUUCCAACCAACAGGGCUCGAAAUUGCGACUGAUACGGUCGCCAAUGCGACUAACAUUUUCUUCUUGGCAACUAAAAAUUCUAGUUUAGUCGCCAAAGUGGCGACCAGAUUCCUCUAUGAUUUAGAUUUAAAUUAAAAGAGUAAAGUUAAAACAAACAUUUCAUCUUAUCCUGCUUUGCUUUCAUCAUAAAAAUGUGCCAAAUCGCAUAAACAGAGCCAGUUUACCUCCAAAUUUAUACCAACUUCUAUCCACAUUAUUUUCAAAUCUGAUGGAUCGCACCAUACUAUGCAGGGCUUCUGAUAGGUCGCGGAAAAAAAGUCAAUUUCGCGGGAUUUUCAGAGGCAAAUUCGCGGAAAAAUCGACCAAUUUCGCAGGAAUUUUCGGGGUCAAACUUAGCCGAAAAUCAAUCGGUCAAAAAAGGCUGAUUUUGUGGUUAUUUUCAGGGAAAACUUUGUUAGAGAUCGAUCAGACCAGACCAGCGUUUUUAAUGUUUUUCUAACAGAGGUCAUCAUUUGCUCUUUCAACAACAAUACGCUCCAGAACUGAACCAAUGGCAAGGCCUUUAACAUCAUGGCUAGUUCCCAGUUUUUCGCAACAUAAUCUACGCCUGGUAGUUUCGGAGCUUCGGGACGAUGUUUGCACGUUUCAGUGACGAAGUUUUAAGAUACAUUUACAAGUUUACUGCAAGUAAAUAGCCCCAAUAGCUGAAAAAAGUUUCAAAUAUGUCGUACAGACAUUGAUAAGAUUUCUACCGAAUUUCAGGGUAUUUUGCGUGUUUUUGUGAAUCUCGCGGCAUGAAACAUCAGAAGCCCUGACUAUGAGCUGCGUCAUUAAAUGUAAAUUUUACAUUAUACAAACUGGCGACUAAAAAUUUACAUCUGGCGACUAUAUUUCUCCAGUUGGUCCACCUGAGGAUUUUUUUAAUUUCAAGCCCCGACCAAGAUAAGCUCUUAGUGUGCAGACCCUCUUGCUUGUGGUUAGUACCUCUCCCAUCCAUGGGGGGAGGGGGUGGAGUUGUCAUAUUCACUCCAUGGUGCUUCAUGGCACUUCCAACCAAGAUAAGCUCUUAGUGUGCAGACCCUCUUGCUUGUGGUUAGUACCUCUCCCAUCCAUGGGGGGAGGGGGUGGAGUUGUAAUAUUCAUUCCAUGGUGCUUCAUGGUUCUUCCAACCAAGAUAAGCUCUCACUGUGCAGACCCUCUAGCUUGUUUGAAGUACCUCUCCCAUCCAUGGGGGGAGGGGGUGGAGUUGUAAUAUUCACUCCUUGGUGCUUCAGGUGCUUCAGGUGCUUCAGGUGUUUCAGGUGUUUCCUAUGAAUGGUUCUCCUCCUAUUUAGAUGAUGGUACUCAGAAACGCAUUUUCAAUGGUUCCCUUUCCGAAUCUUGCACCCUCAAAUUUUCCAGGGAUCAAUAUUAGGGCCUCUAUUUUUUGGCUAUAUAUCAAUGACUUGCCCAAUAAUUAUUGUCUGUCUUACUCUGACCCAAGAAUGUAUGUAGAUGAUACCCAUUUGACUUAUUGGAGUGGUAAUAUCCACUCCAUUCAGUCUUCCCUAAAUGAAGACUUGCUGAACAUAAGUUGCUGGUUACUGCAAAUAAAUUACAGUGAAACCUGUAUUAAGUGGAUACCAUAUUAAGCGGACACCCUCUAUUAAGCGGACAGUAGCCGAAGCCCCCAAAUUUAUUUCCCUUCUUUACUUUAAAUGAAACCUUCAUUAAGCGGACGCAGACACCUAAAAAGUACCUGAAAUGGUCUAUUGUUGCCAACCUGUAUUUUAAAAACGGACACUUGUAAUUAAAUUCCACCACCCAACAUGCCAGACACUGGAAAAGUGAAAGAUUGCCUCGAAUUGCCACCCAAAAAUUUUUCGAUUUUUACAUUAAAAAACGUGACUUGACAAGCUUAUUUGAUUAGUUUCAAAGUACAGGAUUGUUUUCUAUUUGGUUUUGUUUGUAUAGAGUUUGUUUCGCUCAUCUGAUUUCUCCAAAUUUGAGUUGCAAUCCAUGUUUAUGGUACUAUGAUUAAUUGGUUCACUUUGAUAAAGAAAUUAAUGCAAACGUCUAUCGUCAUAGUCUCUGGGAGUAUUAUAAACGCUUCCACUGUUCAUUUGAAUGGCAUUUGACACCUCACAUGACGUUAUCUUUUAAAAACUGUAUUAGGCGGACACCCUGUAUUAAGCGGACACUACAGCAUUCCCCGAGGGUAUCCGCUUACUACAGGUUUCACUGUAACACUAAACAUGACUAAAAGUGAGUUCAUGUUAAUCGGCUCAAGACGGCAAAAGCUUAAUAAUCUACCUUCUCUGCCUUCCUUAAAUGUAAAUAACAUUCCUAUCAAACAUUCUCAAUGCUUUAAGUCUUUUGGUGUGCUUAUUGACAAAAAUCUCACAUGGGAAAACCAUGAUGAUGCUUUAUCUAAGGAAAUUGCAUAUCUCGGUAAUCAGGAUUGUAAGUUACAUAAGUGAACGGCAUGUGCUGUACAUCUACCUGACCUGUGAAUAAACAAGUUUUGGCCUUUACGUUAUUCCUUCGCAACUCAUCUCAUCGAUCCUGUGUACCAUGAUUGUUCGAUGAAGAAACAGCCUAUCAGCACUGCUGUUGUUUUAGAAUUUCGUGAAUUAUUAUAAUGAAUUACAAAAUGGUAUUGAAACCUUAGCGAGUUAUAUGAAUGUAAGCAUAUUUGUCAUCGUGAUCGGGUCAUUUUUUAUAUUACGCUCUGAGGGUUUCAUAAUGCCAGCAAGUCUAAGUCAUUGACUUUAAUAAGAAAGAAUUCAUAUGUUCAACUGUUCUACAAACUGUCUUUGUCCUAUUCUCAUCGUAACUAACGGCAGCAUUUCCCUUCUCAAUGAGAACUUCUAGUAUAGAAAUAGCUUUUGCCACAGCGGGGCUGUUCUGUGGAACAAUUUGCCCACUGAUGUAAGACAAGCAAAAUCUUUACUUGCUUUUGGAAACUGGUAACUUCUAGCUGGAACACAGCAUUCAUGAAAAACAGGCCUUAAUUUUAUAAAUUAAUUUUAUUUAUUUGUUUAUUUCAACAUUCAUUUGGAAGUGCUAUUACUGUUUACCAGUAGUCAAUAGUUUGUAACUUUUAGGAUAUUGUGUGUAAUUAGUAAAAUCCGACCACUGGUCUAUUAUUGAUGCUGUGUUCUGAUUGGUUGAGCUACUACUAGGCUAUAUGUUAUAGCCCCCUAGUAGUGAAACGUGCCGGCUUUUUGGCAGCAAAAAAGGAUUAAAGUCUAGCUUUAACUAGCUUUAGUUGUUUUGUCUCGAUAUUUGUGACCAACUAGUUGGAUUUUACUAAAACAAUUAUUCCUCUCUUCCUAAUGGCCUCUGAGUCAAUAGCCCAUACGGUGUUGGACCUCAUGGGCUAUUGACUCAGAGCCCAUUCGGGCUCGAGGAAUAAUAUAUUGUUAAUUAGCCUGAUGUUUUUACCAUGUAUAAAUAAACAUGAUGAUGAUGAUGAUGAUGAUGAUGAUGAUGAUGAUGAUGGUGGUGAUGAUGAUAAGCUGUCAUGGUGCAGGCCCUCUUUUAAGUACCUCUCCCAUCCAUGGGGGGAGGAGUGGAGUUGUAAUAUUCACUCCAUGGUGCUUCAUGGUGCUUCCAAUCAAGAUAAGCUCUCACUGUGCAGGUCCUCUCCCUUGUUUUUAAGUACCUCUUCUAUCCAUGGGGGGAAGGGCUGGAGUUGUAAUAUUCACCCCAUGGUGCUUCAUGGUGCUUCCAACCAAGAUAAGCUCUCACUGUGCAGGCCCUCUCACUUAUUUUAAGUAUCUUUACCAUCCAUGGGGGGAGGGGGUGGAGUUGUAAUAUUCACCCCAUAGUGCUUCCAACCAAGAUAAGCUCUCACUGUGCAGGCCCUCUCGCUUGUUUUAAGUACCUCUCCCAUCCAUGGGGGGAGGGGGUGCAGUUGUAAUAUUCACCCCAGUGCUUCAUGGUGCUUCUAACCAAGAUAAGCUCUCACUGUGCAGGCCCUCUUGGCUGUUUUAAUUACCUUUCCUAUCCAUGGGGGAGGGGGUGGAGUUCAAAUAUUCACCCCUUGGUGCUUCAUGGUGCUUCCAACCAACAUAAGCUCUCACUGUGCAGGCCCUCUCGCUUGUUUUAAGUACCUCUCCCAUCCAUUGGGGGGAGGGGUUCAGGAGUUUUUAUGUUUACUCCUUGGUGCUUUAUGCUUCCCCCAUCAAGAUACUGUAAUCUCUUGCUGUGCAGUCCCUCUGGCUUGUACCUCUUUUGGAAUGUUGAGUUAGUGAACCACUAAGCUUACAGAUCCUUUCAGUCACAAGAAAUUAAAUGGAUAAAUAAUACACAUGUAUGUCAAUGAUCCUCACCUCUCAGUGUGGUACUCAGUCUAAGCAGAUGCUAAAAAGUAAGGAAAGUUUCUCAUCUCAGUCAAAUUUACCCAAAAGACAAUUCUCAAGUCUUCUAACUUAUAUGUAAUUACGGUUUUGUAUGAACUUAGUAACGCAUCUUUUAAGGAAAACCUCUAGUAAAUUUAUAAUGUUUCUCUUUUUUCAGGAUUUGACGUCCUUUCCUAGCACAGCCUCUACAUCACAGGAAGACCAUGAAAGCAAUUCAGAAUCCAUUUCCGUCCGGACUUUGAGGGUAACUCUGUUAAGCAGUGAAUGGAGAUCAACAAAAGGAGGCUUGUCAACUAUCAACCGAGAGCUGGCCAUUCAGUUGGCAAAACACCCCAGCGUGGAGGUCAGUGUUUAUCUCCCUCAGUGUUGUGAAGAGGAUAAACAAGUUGCUAGAGAUCACAAUGUCCGCCUCAUUAAAGCAAGAGAAAUGCCAGGUCUAGAACCAAAUUUCUGGUUGUCUUGUCUGCCAGAAGACCAUGCUGUGGACUGUGUGAUAGGACAUGGGGCUGUUCUUGGUCGGCAAGUUCAGUUUAUCAAGCGAACUCAUCCUUUCUGCAAGUGGAUUCAGGUUGUUCAUACCGCUCCAGAAGAACUUGGAAUGUACAAAGGAUAUGAAGAACGCAUUUCUCAAGGUGAAGAGAAACACCAAGUGGAGGUUGAACUCUGUAAAUUGGCUGAUCAAGUUGUAGCUGUUGGACCCAAGCUGGCUGAAGCUUUUUCAGGUUAUCUUCGUCCUUUUGGAAAGGAUCAAGAUGUUCUCAAUCUUACCCCAGGCAUUUUCUCUGAGUUUGCUGAUGUAAAGCAAGCCUCUCAAGAACUAAGUUCAUUUAGUGUUUUAGUGUUUGGACGUGGUGACAGUGAAGAUUUUCAGCUGAAAGGAUAUGAUAUCGCUGCCCAAGCCAUUGCUGAGUUGAAAGACAUAACCUACAAACUUGUGUUUGUUGGAGCAACACGGGGAGAAGAAGAGAAAGUAGCAGACUUGCUACUUAAGUAUGGCAUUGAUCGCAGUCAACUCAGGGUGCGGCGUUUUAAUGAAAGCAGAGAGAAGUUAGCCCAAUUGUUUUGUGAAGUAGAUCUUGCUAUAAUGCCAUCACGAACUGAGGGAUUCGGUCUAGCUGCCCUUGAGGCUUUAUCAGCUGGUCUGCCCGUGCUGGUUAGUGGGAACUCUGGUCUUGGCGAAGCUUUGAAGAAAGUUUCGUUUGGUUCAAACUGCGUCGUGAAGUCGGAAAAUCCAAAAGAUUGGGCCAGUGCAAUCAGAAUUGUCCGUGAAAAAGACAGAGAGAUGCGACUUGACGAGUGUAAAACCCUACGUGAAAAAUACGCUGCGAAGCACAACUGGCGAGAUGACUGUAAUAGACUUGUGGAACGAAUGCUAAACAUUUCUGGAGGUAACAUGUUCACAGUGUUAUUUAAGUUGGUCUUUAUGUUUUAGAAUACUGACGUUAGGAACUGCACAUGUUGAUGUACGAGUUACGCAGCUACAACAACCAUUAGUGAAAAGCUGAGUAAUACAAUGAAUUUACAUUCAUUCAAACUUCAUCACCAUUUUUCCAACUCGCACAAUUUGUUAAAGGCAUGCGAAUAUUUCUGGACUUGAAUUUUGUAAAAACAGGAACGAAAAUUUUCUGUUCUGUGUUCUUUGUAAAAGUUUGAUUAGUAAACGGCAAAGAAAUGUACAAAAUCUUUUGUCAUCCUGGCGGUUGCCUAAUACAUGGUUCCCAAACAAUCGUCCAGAUUCUCUUAAUUAAUCGCUGCUAAUUUUUUGGGCAAGUCGUUCCGGACGAUUACUAAAAGGACGUAGCCUGAAAACAAAAAACUUCAGUUUUGUCCAAGGUUGAGUUGUUUGAAACAUGUUUAACUGUAAUCCUACGAAGUUACGCAAACUCAUACAACAACCAGUAGUGAAAUCCUGAGUAAGAAAAUGAAUUCGCGUUCAUGUAAACUUCAUCGCAAUUUUUCUAGUCCGGAUCAUCAUAAUCGCCCUAAGUUUUUGGACUAAAUUGCUUCGGACAAUUGUUCAAGGUUGAGUUAUGGGAGGCAGCGUGGCCGAGUGGUUAGAGCGCUGGACUUGUAAUCCGGAAGCCCCGAGUUCAAGUCCCGCCCUGACCGCUAGCUGGAUUUGUUCACUGUAGUCCCGAGUUCAAAUCCUGGACCACGCUUGUAAACAGCCAACUGGUUUGCCUCCGGUCAGUUAGGAUUCUUAACCCUAUUAUGUUUAUUUGAAUUAUUUAUUUCACUCAUUUGCUCGGCCCCGCUAGCGUAAGUGCUAUAAAUACUGCCGAGGGUAAAUAAAGAAAUUAUUAUCAUAGUUGACAAAAAGAUGUUUAUCUGUGAUCCUAGUUUAACUAACUCUAAAUAGAGCAUAUGAGUUGUCAUGGUAACCAACCCUGGUAUGUGCUAAUCUCCUUAAAAAAACUCGGUCCAGGCCAUGGCUAUCUUCGAAACACAUGCUGGAUCGUCUCAAUCACCUGGAAACACUGUGCCAUAACUAGCCCGAUCGAAAGGAUGCUGACGAUAAGAGACCUUACGAUUUGACAACGCUGACGCCAAUAAAAGUGUGCUGAAAAAUAAAUUUCGCAUUCUCUCAAACUUUUUUGCGAUUGGAGUGGAUUGGUGAAACUCUUAAACUCUGUUUAAAUCAACGGGUCUGCGACGUUGAUAAAGAAUUGUUUCUAUUUUUUGUAGGUUCCAAUACAGAUGAGCAGGAUUUAUCUAAGAAAGCGGCUGUGAUUUGUCAAGAUGUAAAAGCCUCUUCUUCUGUGAAAUCUCUUCAAAAAGGUACACUUAAGUUGAAUCUUGGAAAAAUGAACAUAAUAUUUAUAAGAGUAAAUCUUUGUUUUUCAUGUAAAACGUUUACCGUAGUCUAACGAGAGCUUAUUGAGUAUUCCUUGCUGGACAAUUGGAUUAACCAGGAAUAGUCGGGGCACUGAAAAACGCUCGUCUGAAAAGAGUCGAAAUUCUUUCACAAUGUCACAGGUCAAACUACGUCAAUUGCCGACAAAAAGCACUCGGGUUUAAGCUUUACUUGAAAGGUGAAAAAUUCCUGACCACUGUUUCAGAAGAGCUUUGUCCGUUGACUAACAAACGAGCCUGUUUUUUCCAAGAUGGGUGAUCCGACGUCUCUAGUGUGAAAACGGCCAUUAUAAAUGAUGGAUAUACCUUUGUAAAUGAACGCGAUUCAUGAGACCUCCAAAUCCCUAGAUUUGCCACAAUUAGGAACCUUAGAAAUAUCUUUCCUCCAACGAUUUUGUUCGCUUUUAGCCCCAAGCAGGAUUAGUCGUCAUGGUAUGUAGCGUUAAGAAUAUGUUGGUAUGACUGUGGUGCUUAUGCUCAGCAGUAUUGCGCGCCAAGAGUGUAUGUGCGUGUGUGUGUGAAGACGAAUAUGGCAGAGAUAGCUUUACUACAUAAACACCAAUGAAAUACCAGGUGAUCUUUCGCGCCAAAACGUGAUAACUUCACAUGUGAAAAUAUCACCGUUGCUAUGGCUACGUAGUAAUUUGCGCCUUUCAUACCAAAAAACUAUUAAAGUGAAAUGGCUUGGUGUUUCAUUGGUGUUUAUAUAAUAAAUAGAACAUUACAUGGCCAGCUGGAGAUACGAAAUUUCUCUCGUGUUGAAAAAAUAUUUCACUUGUUCGCUACGCUCACUCGUGAAAUAUUUUUCAACCCUCGAAUUCCCAAUCUCCGCGCGGCCAUCAUAUCCUCUAUAUAUUUACUGUUCCGUCUACAUUUGUGUAUAAACCUCUUUAAUCAUGGCCGUUCCGGAUGGUUAACAAAUACUUUAAAGGUCGGUUAAUGAAUAAAUUUUCUUCGGAACAGUUAUUUAAACAAAAGCCUAAUUAUGUUGGUAUUUGCUGGAUUUAGUCUCAGGCGCAGCAAAGAGAUGGAAGUCUUCAAAAAAAGGCAAAAGGCCUUUAUCUUCAAGCAAUACUCCAAAACAUCCGAGACUGUUGCGAGAUGAAGGUAAAGUUUUACUUUUCCUUUAUUUAGGUAAGGGUUGGUAUUGUAUUGCGUGUAUAUGACAGAGUAUAUGUAAACUUUCCCAAUAUAGUAUAAUGGGGCCUUUGUAGCUGGUCUUGUGUUCCCCAAGCACGUCUUCAUAACCUGCGUAACUGACGAAACCAGACGGUGGUAGUGGUUUUCCUUGGCGUAGCAGCUCGUGCGCGCUGGAUUUCUCCCAGCGAGAGUAGUUGCGAAUCUAUUUUGAUCCUUCUCUUUCGCUUUCUAUAUGUCCCUUUGCCUUUCAUUUACAUAGCCAGUUUUGUUGCCCACUUAACAACUGCGUCUUUUAGUGGAGGUGGGUGUCCGGGCUGCCAGGGGCCACCACUUUGUAGACACACUGUAAUUUUCAGGGAGUUAUAAUAACUCCUCUAGUGGGGCUAAUUUAACUCCUGACAGUGGAGUUAUUUUUCGUGGAGUUAUUUUAACUCCAAAAAGGAGUUUAAAGAACUCUUUUUCAGGAGUAAAAGUGACGCCAGAUAUUGAGGAGUUAAAAUAACCCCAAAACAGGAGUUAUCCUGUACCUAAAAUUUUUACUCCACUUUCAGAGUUAAAUUAACUCCAAAAAGAGUAAAAACAACCCAUGUAAGGAGUACAAGUAACCCCAUUUCGGAGUAAUUUUAACUCCAGACUGGGAGUAAAAAGAACUCUUUUUCAGGAGUAAAAAUGACCCCAAAUUCGGAGUUAAAUUAGGAGUUAAAAUAACCCCAAAAAUGGGGUUAUCCUGUACCUAAAAUUUUUACUCCAUUUUUGGAGUUAUAAUAACUCCCUAAAAAUUACGGUGCAGAGUUACGCCCCCAUGGCUGGUAACCCCGCGCCUUCCAGCCACGUCUGGCCCACUCUCCCAAUUUCGAACGUGCUUUAUAACACUCUCAAGCUACAAUCAGGCGACUGUAGAAUUUUUAGCACAUUUUGGCCCAAAAUAUAGUCAAAUCGCGCUACAAUUCCUUGAGUGAAAACCUCACAAGAACAAAUUUUCUGUCUCUUUUUGAAUAUGGAUGAAGUCCCUAACAAUUCAACUCAACGAGAAAAGUUCACCUAAAUUUGACAAAUUGUUAGAGUAAGGAAAAAAUUGCGAUAACUUUGAAAGAACGCGAAGUUAAUUUUACUUUUUCGAGACGUCAAACUGCCGUCGACUUUUGUAUGUGGUUAUCUAAACUCCCUACUGUGGUAACAGUCUAAAACUAAAAGCGUAUAAACGGAAACAGAAGAAUCUCUCAUCGUAAUUUUUGCCAUACAUGUAAACCUGAUUUUCUUUAGGCCUCAAAAUUUUCCAUAGAUGAACAGAAAAUUUUCAUAUUUGGUUGUUUGUUGUUGCAUCAAAAGUUUAUCAGGAAACAGUGGCUCCGCUUAUUUCUACGAGGUCAAGCUAAGUCCAUUUUAAUGCCGUUUAUAGUUAACGAUGUUUAGCGAUGUUUAGAUAGUAACAGGUUACUAAAUAAAUAUUUUAAUACCUAUAUAGCGCGAAAUACAUUUGAGUAUGAUCUGAUGUACUUUACAUUAAAGCUAAACUGAAUAAACUAUACAAAAUGAACUGCGUGCAUUUUAACAUUGUUUAUAGUAAACAAUAUUUAGAUAGAAGGGUUUAGCCAAAUUAAAAAUAGCUUAGAACUCGGUUUCAGUGACGGUUAAACGCUGGCUAAUCUCCGUUCAUCCCUGAUGCUUUGACGCAAAGAAUAAUUGUGUUACUACUCUUUUUUUAGGUCCCAAUAAACAUGAGCAGCAGUUACCUAAGAAAGCCUCUGUGAUCUGUCAAGUUGAAAAACCCUCUUCUUCUGAAAAACGUCUUCAAAAAGGUAUUCUUGAAUCGUAGGUGAACAAUGUUAACAAUGUUAGCCGUAAGCAGGAUUUCUUAUUAGUGUACAGUCGACUCUCUCUUAACGGACACCUCUAUAAGACGGACACCUCUGUAAAACGGACACUUAGAGUUGGUCCCUGCCUUUCUUUACUCCCUUUAUUUGACUCUCUCUAAGACGGACACUUAGUGCCGGUCCCAAAGGUGUCCGUCUUAGAGAGAGUUGACUGUAUUUAGCUUCAGGAAUACUUUUUUGUAUAAUAAUCUUUCAUAAGUUGCGGAAAUAUCUUCGGCACAGUUAACAGGACAAAAUUUGUAGCUUCGGAUGGCAAGAACUGGACAUGGAUUGAAAAUUAAAAUAAUUGGGCCAACCCUUUUACACGUUUUAAUGCUAUGCCUUCAGAAAUUUAAAAAAAAAACUAUAUUAUGGCUAGUAUUCGUUGAUGAAAUUUGUUUGAUCUUCUUCAUAACAUCACAGGAGUAUUUCGUUUCAGCAAGAGAGGUUCUCUCUUGGUUUCAGUGAUGACUUCAGCCCAGAAUUGAGCUAAAAGAGCUACCUUAUUAGUACUUGAUUUCGCGAUUUUGGCAAGACUUAAUUUGGCGGGGUUUUAUUUUCGCGAUUUCACUAGGCAAUCAUUAUGAAAAAAGGCAUUAGAUUUUGCAAUUAAAGCGUUCUCAACCUGAUUUUACUUUUUUAAACGUCUGAACUUUUUAAAACAAUUAAUUGAGCUAAAAGAGCUACCUUAGUAGUACUUAAUUUCGCGAUUUUGGCAAGACUUAAUUUGGCAGGGUUUUAUUUUCGCGAUUUCACUAGGCAAUCAUUUAUGAAAAAAGGCAUUAGAUUUUGCAAUUAAAGCGUUCUCAACCUGAUUUUAUUUUUUUAAACGUCUGAACUUUUUAAAACAAUUAAUUGAGCUAAAAGAGCUACCUUAGUAGUACUUAAUUUCGCGAUUUUGGCAAGACUUAAUUUGGCGGGGUUUUAUUUUCGCGAUUUCACUAGGCAAUCAUUAUGAAAAAAGGCAUUAGAUUUUGCAAUUAAAGCGUUCUCAACCUGAUUUUAUUUUUUUCAACGUCUGAACUUUUUAAAAUAUCGAGGUAAAAUGAAACAAGAAAAACGCAUAUUUACGUUAUUUUACAACAGAAGACACAGUCAAGGAAUGGAACUGAGCGGUUAACCAGCUAAUAAUUUGUCGUUAUUACUUCGGUGGAGCGCGAAGUAAAGGACUUGCGACGCUCUGGAAUGUAUCAAAGUUGACCUUUUUUGGCAAGAUUGGGCGUGCAAAGUCUGUAGGUUUUCUGCUUUAUUCUGGUAUUUGACGAAGUGAAAGCCUAAUUAGUUCGAGAUGUCUCGAGAACACUUCAAUUUAUUUUAUUUAUUCUUUAACUUAUUCGAUAAAGAAAGAAUUAUUAUUUUGUCUUGCCCGGAAUUGAACCGACUCAAAAUAGUUAUGAAAUUAUGCACCAGUAUCGGGACAAGAUUGGGCGCGCAAGUUCGUGACUUUUCGGCUUGUUUCGGCUAUUUCACGAAAUGAGACCGGAAUUACUUCGAGACAUCUUGAGAUCACUUUGAGUUUAGUCUUUUAUUUACUCGAGGAAUAAAUGGAGGAUAUUACGUGGCCGCGCAGAGACACGAAAUUGCUCUUCGAGUUUUGAAAAACAUUUCACGAGUGAGCGCUCCUUUCGAACUGUCUUAUGAUGAAUUUAAAGUUACAAAAUGCUGAACGGAGACGUUUGUCUUUGUUGAGUGUUACGUAGUAAAAUUGCUGUCAUGUGUUGCGUGGCCUCUAUAGGAUUAUUUAUAAAUUAUUAAUUAGGGCAUGUUUACAUUUGAGCAUAAGUCAGCAGAGCUACUACCUGUUUAGUAUUUUCUAUAACCUUAGAAACAUGAGCUUAUUCCUUGCGGGGAUGGUAAAUAAACAAGAAGUGGUCGAAGCAUUGAACAAGACGCGUUUAAAAUUGACUUACAAGGUCAAAACCUUUUUGCACUGGUUACAGGCUAACAAUGGUAGAUGCCGAAAAAUAAUACUCCUUUCAGGUUUACGUUUUUUGUGCCAAAUAGGGUAAUGGACCACAGCAUAAGAAAAUUGCAUUUUAUCAUAGAGGCUUGGUUGUUUUGAAUAUGUUAUUUUCAGUGAAAUUUUCAGCUUGGGACUUCUAAAUGCUGGCCAUUGCUGCAGUGUAGAAGUGUUACGUAACAAUAGACCUCUUUAGAUUGUAUGUUUUGCUUUCCCAAUGCAGAUCAUGUGUUAAUACCCUAUUGAACUGUUUCUUUCAAAUUACAUCUUAUUCACGUGCGUACAUGCCUGUACCUACGCAUAAAAAGAGACAAAGCGUCAAGUUCCCCUCUGCACCUCUCUAUUGGGAAAAAGAAAACAUACAAGCUAAAGAGGGCUAUUGAUUGCCCAACAGUAAUCCUAAUUUCAGAAUCCGGAAAACUUUUGCUUGUCAAAUCUGGAAUUCAGGAAUUUUUUUUCGUGAAAUCCGUAUUCCUGGGCCUUGGGAGUUAAGGACUGGAAUCCGGAAUCCCCAGCUUGGAAUCCAGAAUCCAAGUCUUUCUUGCCCUGUAUUUUUGUUUGAUUGGUUCAAUUCAACAUAGUUUUGCAGCGUCUGGAAAUUACAAAGUUCAGGGCUCGAACACUCGACAGGCCUUUUUCUAUGGGGCGCCAAAUGUAUUUUUAUUAUUUAGAGUGGUUAUUUGUAUAUAACCAAAACAAGAGUGGUUAUUUACAAAUAACCACAUCACAGUUUUAUUAUUUCUAAAUAACCAAAAUAUAAAAUUGUUUAUUUACAAAUAACCAAAACUGAAAUUUGGUUAUUUAGCAAAUAACCAAAAAUUAAAAAGAGGUUAUUUCUAAAUAACCAAAUGCGAGAUUGGUUAUUUACCAAAUAACCAAAAUGCAAGAUUGGUUAUUUAUUAAAUAACCAAAAAUGCGAAAUUGGUUAUUUAUUAAAUAACCAAAAUGCAGGCAGAAUGGAAAAUUGGUUAUUUAUAAACAAACAUGGACAAUUAAAAAUCCAAAACUGCGCAAAAAUGGUUAUUUAAUACAGAAAUGGUUAUUUACCUAAUUUGGUCUUUGCAAGUGGCUACGUGGCCCACUUUUCCGCUCAUUUCCCGUGACGACUAGCAGACUUCUAUUUCCAACAUGGCUUCUUCCACUUCCUUCACUUUCGUUUUUUCUCUUUCAUUUACCUUCUUCCACCCUCAUUUUCCUUCAGUUACCUUCAUUUUCCUCCGUACACCUUCAUUCGCUUUCAUUAAUCUUCAUUUUCCUUCAGUUAUUUUAAUUCACCUUCAUUCUAAUUCAUUUACCUUCAUUCACACUCAUCCUUCGUCAUGAAUAUUCAUCUACCUACAUAGGCCUUCAUUUACCUUUGCCUUCUUUCACCUUCAUCUACCAUCAUCUUCCUCCAUUAGCCUUCAUUUACCUUCAUCUACUCCUAUUAGCCUUUAUCCACGGUCACCUACAUUCAUUAGCCUUCUUUUACCUUCAUACGCCUACAUCUACCACCAUUAGUCUUCAUUUAACGUCAUCUACUUCAGUUGGUUUUCAUGACAGUCCAGAGAUUAUCCAACGAAUUGUCGUGCCGUCACAUUAUUCAUUUCUGACUAACUUGUUCCUUUGUCCUUUAAUCUUCAGACAUUACACAUAUUCAAAAAUAAUUUUGCAUUUCCGUGAAACGUAUCGUAUUUUACAUUGUUUUGUUAUACAACAGGGUCUUAACGAGGUAUAUAUUUUCCCGACUGAUCUCACAUUUUGGCCAUAAAAUUUUGAUACCUGAUCCAAAAUUGUUGCAAAUCCUGAUCCUUGAUCCCGUGAAAAUCUUUUGAUCCCUGGACUGAAUUCUGUACUUGCUAAAAACUGAAUGAAAUACCAAAUAUAGUGUCUCUUUUUUCGAUUUCUUUUACAAUUUUCUUGGUCACAUCAUUUGCUGACUGGAGAAUUAAGGUUGGCUCCCGUCUGUUCUUUCGAGUUAUCAUAAUUUCUAUCAUAAUCUGUUCCACUUAAGAGCUCCAAUAAUGAUGUAUCUUCUAAUAAACCUUUCGUACGCAAGUGGGGAGGAAAGUUGUAGCGCCGAAGGCGACCCAACCUUGUGGAUCUGAGGGCAUGCUCCCCCAGAAAAUUUUUAAAUUUAGGGUCUCGGAAAUCCUAUUCCAGCGUUUUCCUCGGGACAUUUUCAGUAAAUUAAUAGGCAGGAAAAUGCUACUUUCCUGCUCCUGAGAUCUCUUUCGCUAAAGAUUGGCUUGACCAAUGAUCAAAAGUACCUAAAGAAUUCCACUAUAUCAGGAUGAUUAGAGAAUCCUGUCGCAAUAGCCUUUGCGUUACGGGCAGCCACCUUGGAUGAGCGUCAAAACUACUCAGGGACUAUUUUUCUCGCUUCCCUCCAAACCGCCCCCCGCCCCCUAAGUAGUUUUGACACUCAUCCAAGAUGGGCGCUCGUAACGCAAAGUGCUCGAUUUCGACGAUCUUACGGAAAAAUAGGGACUGUGAGGUGUGAACAGUCUGUAGUGGCAUGUAUCAGAUUUGGAUCGGUCAGCUAACUUCAAAGCAGCUCGGAGCCAUUUCUGCAUUUAACCGCGCUAUGUUUUUGGAAGAAGCCAUGUUGGAAAUAGAAGUCUGCAGGUCGUUAUGGGAACUGAGAGGGAAAAUAGGCCACGUGGCCACUUGCUAAGACCAAAUUAGGUAAAUAACCAUUUCUAUAUUAAAUAACCAUUUUUGCACAUUUUUGGAUUUUUAAUCGUCCAAAGCAAGUUUGUUUAUUUACUAAAUAACCAAUUGUCCAGUUUGUUCAUAAAUAACCAAUUUUCCAUUCUGCCCGCUACCAAUUUCGCAUUUUGGUUAUUUAAUAAAUAACCAAUUUCGCAUUUUGGUUAUUUAAUAAAUAACCAAUCUCGCAUUUUGGUUAUUUGAUAAAUAACCAAUCUCGCAUUUUGGUUAUUUAAUAAAUAACCAAUCUCGCUUCUGGUUAUUUAGAAAUAACCACUUUUUAAUUUUUGGUUAUUUUACAAAAUAACUAAAUUUCAGUUUUGGUUACUGAUUUGUAAAUAACCAAUUUUAUAUUUUGGUUAUUUAGAAAUAAUAAAACUGUAAUGUGGUUAUUUGUAAAUAACCAACAUUGUUUUGGUUAUAUACAAAUAACCACUCUAAAUAAUAAAAAUACAUUUGGCGCCCCAUAUUUUUCAAGCUUUGUUAAUAGAAUGGCCAUAUAGAGCCUAAUAUUUAGGUGGACAGUUAGUAAAAUUGCAAAUAAGGAUUGAAUAUUAGUGUAUAUAUCGUAAAGGUAGAAAAUAAUAUUGGGGAAAAGUACAAAAACAGUAUUUGAUUGGAUUUUAGGCGCGGCAAAGAAAUGCCAGUCUUCCAAGAAAGGCAAAAGGCCGUUAUCUUCAAGUAACAUUCCAGCUCCAAAAUACCCAAGGCCAUUAGAAGAUGAAGGUAAGGUUUGUUUUUGCUCAUGUUCGAAUAAGGGUUAG